AUGGCGAAAUAUCGCUCGCGCGAAGUGCGCCGUCGGUACCACUGGCCUGAGCUCCAGCUCAAUCUCUGGAUCAUGGUUGUUCUUUCUUGCUCGGCGACUUGUUUGGGCAUCUUCUCGUGGUUCAUGGUCGUGCAAAACCAACUACACCUCGGUACACCAUGGCUGUUCCCUUACAUGGCUGUUACCAGUGCGCUCGGCGUGGCGUUUAUCUUCGUCGUCCUCAUCCUCGCCUCGUGCCAUUUCCUACUACCCGGGAUUAUCAUCAUCGGCAGCUUCAUACUCUUCGUGUUAUGGUUGACGGGUCUGAUUGAGACCUCGCUGCAGCUCUAUGGUGUUGUUGCGAAUGUGAACGACAAUUGCCAGAUCUAUGUGACGAAUAACAAGUCCUGGGGCAACAACCUCAAUACCCUGGCGUGGUUGACGCAAAGCACUAUUUGUAAUUGUUGGAAAACUGCUUUUGCUUUAGAGCUCGUCAACACCAUCUUCUAUCUCUGGAUGAUUGUCAUGUCUUGGCAGGUUAAUCGGGAUGUUUACGAUUGA